GUGGCAGCUCUGUAAAAGUUCGGCGUGAAAAUCUGUCGUAUCACGGCGGUUCGCUCCAUUAUCGAGUUCCCGACACCGCAAAAGCCGUUCCCACUUUGCGUCUUCGCAGUCGCUCGUCCAUCACCACGAUUUCCAGCACUCGCGCGCCGUCCAAGGUGGCUUCUGUCCGCAGUCAUCGUCGUCGUUGAACAGUGUUUCAGGCAGCCACGCCGUGUGCGUAAUCGCAGACCGUCUCUCAGACAGCCGAGUCCCGCGUGUUCGUGUCCAACCGACCACGGUCAAGGCCGACAUCUGCCGCCGCUUUAAAAGUGUGACAUUCACAGUUCAUCUUCCCGCUCACUACAUAGCCGCGAAUCGCCAUGCCGCCGAAGAGGAAAGCCGCUCAGAAGGUCGCCAAACCGUCCGUCGACGAUGUGCCGCCGCCAGUCAUUGAGGAUAAUAUUAUGCACAUCACUGUCAGACGGCCCGUAACAAAAGAUAACAUGGUUGAAGAUAACGUGAUUCAAAAGGAUGUUAUAGCACCUGUUUCAGAAAAUAAUACAAAUAUGAAUGUCACAACUGUUUUAGAUAAAAUCCCUGAUUUUAAACCUAAAGUAACAGAGUCAGAAUCUGAAUUAGAUCUACCUGUAGACGAAGCAGAAUUUAUCGAAAAACUUCCUCAAAAGAAAGUUACUAAAACAAAACUUAAGUCCAAAAAAAUAACAGUUGAAGAUACCAAACUUGUAAAAACUAGGAAAAGGGCUGCUAGUGAAGAUAGACAAGUAUCAAAAGUUGUUGAAAAAGUUAUUAGCAAAAGUCGAAAAAGACCAGUUGAUAAAAAUUUACCAGAGUCUCUAAAAUCCGUUUCUCCUUUAAACGAAUUACCAAAAAGAAAUAGGAGAGCUGCUAGUGUGGAUAUACUUACAUCUGAAAUCUCAAGUUUUUCAUCAGAUAAAGUACCAAAAAAAAAAGUUAAUAGUAAAGUUAAAGCUGCAGUUGUUGAAACUGAAGAUGAUACACUAAAAAAACAAAAAAAAGGAACAAAGAAAGAAGAUCAACCUAAAAUAAUGGAAACAAAAGAUGAUGAAACAAAAAUUAUAGAAAAGAAUUCCAAGGCGAAAAAAAAUACAAAAAAAGUAUUAAAUGAAGAAAAGGAAAAUGUUGUAGCAAUAGAAGAAGAUGAUGUCAAAGCAGCUUUAAAUAGCAUUCAAGAAAAACCAAAAUCUAAACGAGGCAUCAAAAAAGUCAAAAUAGAUAAACCGGUUGAAGAUGAAGAUGAAGAAAAUAAGGAAGAUAAAGAAGAAAAGGUACCUAAACCUUCAAGUAGAAGCCGAGCAGCUCCAAAAGUAAUGGAUAAACCAAACAGUGAAAAAGAUUUAGAAAAAAAACAAAAAAGUGUUCCUAAAUCUAAAAAAAAUACGAAGGCAUCUGAAUUAUCUGAAGAGUCUAGUAAAAUACACGAAACAGAUGAUUCUAAUAAAUCUCCAGAAAUAAAACCCAAACGUGAGCGUAAAUUAAAACAAACUGAUGUUGAACAAAAAGAUAAUGAUUUAAAAGAAAUUAAAGCACCGAAACGCGGAGGUCGUAGGGCUAAAGUUGAAGACUUGGAUGAAGAAGAAGUACAACAGAAGAGCCCGCCUAUAGAACGUGAGAAAAUCCAAGAAUCUGAAGACUUGGCCGAUAAUUUUUCAGACACCCCAGAGUCUGAUAAAAAAGAGGUCAAACCAGUUGCAGCAAAGCGUAAAACAAAAACAAAAUCUAGGAAAUAAUUACUUAUUACAGAGAAACUUUACAUACUAUUCAUUACAUACUAAAGGUUUUUAUUUAUUUUUUUUUUUACAUAAUACAUGUUAAAUAUUAUUUAAUAACAAAUGUUUACAUUUGAGUAUAAGAUUUCAUAACAAUGUUUAUUA